AUGCCGUCCUUGUUCAAGAUGUUGGAUUCAAGAUCUGAAUCUCACCCUCACACAGAAAAUGAAUUAAACGAUCGCUCGCAUCGCACCCAAAGGCGGCAUUUGCAGUCGACAUCACGUUCUGCUGCGUGUCGUGGUCUGUAUGCCAUUUCAUCGAGUACUGCUGAUAGACAAAAGCGGAACACGUCUUGCUUGGCGCAAAUCGAGACGUCGGGUCGUGUGAAUCCUAGGAGUGGUGAUGAUGCGAACGACCCAAUAAUCAAAUGCUCAAUGUAUCCGCAGAUGAUCGGUAAGCGGCGGUCUGAGCUGGAGGCCCAGGCUCGCACUUCGUCGACGAAGCACGACCGAGAGAUUGAAGCGCAUCGUCACGAACGACUUGUCCGUACAGCACGACGACAGCAGGUCUCGUCUCGUGUGCGACCUCAAUCGGAGGAGUCGGACUUCUCUUUUAGUUCUGGGUACAGCUCUGACGGGAACCCAGAGGGGCUACCGGUCCGAGUGUGUAUAUACCCUCAAGCAAAGUACAUUGUGGAGCCAGUCAAGACAACCACAAACUCCCAGCAACCUCCAACGAUAGCUUCGACAUGGUCUUCGUCCCAUGCCUUAAAGCGCAGUAGCCUUCCAGGCGACGAGUAUCAGAAGCUCGUCCGGCGUCAAAAGAUGCAGCGUGCGCGUGAAGUCUUACAUCUCCAUUACGCCCACAAUGGCUUUGUACGGAACAAACAUAUCCAGCAUGGGAUGAUGCAGAACUUCACAAUGCGAAAUUCUGAGCGACGACGCGAGUCUAAGAUUCGACACGCGGUGCGUCAGGCACUUCGAGUUAAUCUUAAUCUCCUCGAAGACACCUUCAAACUGGCCAUGAACCGCCGCGCGGAUGGGGUGUACUUUUGUGAACUGAGCGACGUCGAUGGGGUUCCCAUCGAGGAGCGAAUGCUACAUGACUUCAUCCGUCGGUACCAGGAAGCUCAAGACGCUGCGUGUGCGCCGAAGCCAUCGGAUUUUCCGUGUAAUCGAACGAUCCAGCGUACCCAGAUUGAUGAACGUCAUGGUAGAAUCGGACGGGCAGCACUGGCUCUUCAAAGAACAGACAACACCGCGGCACCGGACGCGCCAGGCAAGCAUCCGCUGGUUAGCAAAUUCAGCUGGGACAGUGAUGAUGGGCAAGUGGACAUGCGAGAGCGUCUGACGACGUCAAAGCAUUAG